AGGACUGAAGAAGAAGGAACAAUACUGAGGAAAUACAACGUUACACCCGGAGAUCGUGGAGCAGAGGAGAGACUUUGAUCAUAACUGGAUGGUUCCUUGAAGGACCUUAAGCUUCCAGCCAUUAUGCCGAUCCCUGGAGUAUAUCAGAAAGUGGCAGAGGGCCAGCAGUCCCAGAGAAAAAUUGGGACUGUAGAAAAUCCCAAGAAAUUUAAAGGACAAGACUUCAACAGCAUACGGGACCUGUGCAUCAGCCGAAAGCAGCUGUUUGAGGAUGACAUCUUCCCGGCCAACCUCUAUUCUAUCGGACAACAUUUGCUAUCACAGGAUAAACUGCUGAGCAUCAAAUGGAAAAGACCGACCGAACUUCAGAGAGACGCCCAGUUUCUGGUAGAUGGCGCCAGCAUAUUUGACAUCAUGCAAGGAGAAAUAGGAGAUUGCUGGGUUCUCUCUGUUGUCGGGGCUUUAACUUUGCAUCGAAAAUUCCUGGAAAACGUUGUUCCCAAAGACCAGGAGUUCACACACAAAUAUGCUGGAAUGUUUCAUUUCAGGUUCUGGCAGUACGGAGAAUGGGUGGACGUGGUUAUCGACGAUCGGCUACCGAUGCUCAAUGGAAGAUACUUGUCAGUGCAACCACGUGUCAGCAACGAGUUUUGGCCGUCUCUUUUGGAGAAAGCGUAUGCUAAGUUACGCGGGUCGUACCAGAACCUGCACUGGGGAUUCAUCUCAGAGGCCAUGGUGGACUUUUCUGGAGGGGUGCAAAUGGAUUUUAACUUAUCCAAACCCCCACUGGACCUGCAAGACAUUGUGUUAGCUGCUGCACGAUCGGGAUCCUUUAUGGGGUGCACAACGCCAGGAGACUUACAUACCGGGAACGCCGAGCUGCAGAACGGCCUCAUUCAGGGUCACGCCUACACUGUGACUGACAGCACUCAGAUCGAAUCCAGCAACAGAUCAGAAGACAUUGUGCGGGUGUGGAAUCCCUGGGGCAAAGGAGAAUGGAACGGACGCUGGAGCGAUAAUUCCUCACAAUGGGACAGAAUCCGGCCCGACCUAAGGAAGAAACUCAACAUUGACAGGAACGAUGGAGAAUUCUGGAUGUCUUGUCAAGAUUUCAUGCAAAAUUUCGUACAAUUGAACAUCUGUAAUCAUACUCCGAGCUACUUAGAUUUUGGCAGUCCUCAGUACGUCUGGGAGAGCACCAACUACUACAACCAGUGGGUGAGGGGCAGCAGCGCUGGCGGCUGUAGCUCUGCAGAGGAUAUGUGGAAAAAUCCCCAGUAUGUAAUCACAGUCCAAGAGUCACAAGGCACAAAGAAGGGAUAUAACGUGACCGUGGCUCUAAUGCAGAGUCUCAGCAACGAAAGGAAAUACAAUCCUAGGUGGUUACCUAUUGGAUUCGCCUUCUGUAAGGUAACAGCCAAGGGAGUGAAGAAUGGGUCACAACAAAAGUUUUCCAGGCAGCAUGCUACAGACACCAUCAACUCUGGACUAGAACAGGCCAGAGAAGUCACCAGAUCCUUCAUGGUCCCAGCUGGCACCUACGUCAUUCUACCGUUCACUCAAAACAAGGGACAAGAGUCGGAGUUCCUGCUGAGAAUCUUUACGAAAACUUCACAGAUUGCUGAAUAUCCAGACACAAAACCAAGUGAAAGGAACCGAGAACUUACCUCCAACAACACCUCAUCUCAAUCUGAAAACAUCAAAAAGGUCCAAAGAAACGGAAACCAAGCACCGUACCCCAAUGAUGCUACGUUAAGUGACUUUGGCUCGAGGCUCAGCAUAAACACUCAGAAUCCUAAGGCCGUGUUAAAAAGAUAUCAAGAUGGCAACUACGAGAGUAUUUUUGCGCGUUAUGCAAACCAGAACUCGGAGAUGUACCCGGAGCAGCUGCAGAUGCUUCUGAAUGAUGUGGUUAUCACCGAUAAAACCUUUGCAGCCAACAGAGGAGACUUCGGCCUGGACUCCUGCAGAGGGAUCCUAAUGCUGAUGGACCUGAAUGCGAAUGGAAGACUCAGUCUCAGUGAAUUUGGCCGCUUGUGGAAACGACUGAACAUGUGCAAGGAUCUUUUCCAGACCAUUGAUGUGAACCAGACCGGAUUCCUUGAUGGAUAUGGAUUGGCAAGAGCCGUCCAAGAAGCCGGUCUCCUGGUCAGUGAGGCGGUGCUGAACAUCAUGCUCCUGAGAUAUGCCAACUACGUACAGAGGCUGAGCUUUGCCGACUUUGUCUGCUGCAUGAUUCGCCUGGAGACCGUGACCAAGGUUUUCCAAAACUUAACAAAGGACGGAGCUGGCGUGUACCUGAGCGCAGAAGAGUGGAUGCAGAUUAUCAUGUCUAGCUGACCCCCGACCCCUGACCCCCAUGAGGCUCUGACCUGAUUUCCGUCCAUUGUGAAGGCUCCUGACUGACCCGACAGCUUUUGCUCCUUAUAUUGGAGUUUCGCUGUAGUUUACAUUUCUCUGCUGAAUGUGUCUGUAAGUUUUAUAUAACUCACAUUCCCUGAACUCUUCUAUCACCGCAGGGAAUUGUUCAAUGAUGUUUUUGUAGAAAAUGUCUUUGAUUUUAAAUUAAUGUUUAAGUUAAAUGUUGCUGAAAAAAGCUGAAUCUGCUUUUCUUCUUUUGUAAAAAUGUGUUUGGUUGAAAUAAUAAAUGAAGA